UCUCCACCACUGAACAAAACACCAUCGUUUCUUUUCGUUGUCCACUGAGCUGCCUGAAAGGCUGAAUCCGGUUCUACCGGCCGAAACAUGUCUCCGCCACCGAAACGCGCCCGAAAAUUUCCCUCCAUCACUACCUACGCCGGCGGCGACCAUCGCUCUAUUGCGGCCGACCUCGAUGGCACUCUCCUCGUCUCUCGCUCCUCCUUCCCUUACUUCAUGCUUGUCGCCGUCGAAGCCGGCAGCCUCCUUCGCGGUCUCUUCCUUCUGCUCUCUCUUCCUAUAGUGAUCGUUGCCUACCUCUUCAUCUCAGAAGAAAUCGGAAUUCAGAUUCUCAUCUUCAUUUCAUUUUCCGGCCUCAAGAUCCGAGACAUCGAGCUCGCGUCGCAGGCGGUGCUGCCGCGGUUCUACGCCAACGACGUGAGGCGAGAGAGCUGGGAGGUGUUCGAGAAGUGCGAACGGAAGGUGGUGGUGACGGCUAACCCGACGUUGAUGGUUGAGCCGUUCGUGAGAGAUUUUCUUGGCGGAACGAAGGUGUUAGGGACUGAGAUUGAGGUGAAUCCGAAGACGAAGAAGGCCACUGGUUUCGUGAAGAAGCCAGGGGUGUUGGUUGGAGACAGAAAGAGAUUGGCGCUGUUGAAGGAGUUUGGUGAUGAAUCGCCUGAUAUCGGGAUUGGUGACCGCGAGUCUGAUCAUGAUUUCAUGUCCAUUUGCAAGGAGGGAUACAUGGUGCUUCCGAGCAAAUCAGCUACGCCGGUGCCACCCAACCGCCUGAAAACCCCAAUAAUAUUCCACGAUGGCCGGUUCGUCCAACCCCCCACGCCACUCACGGCCCUCAUCAUCUACCUCUGGCUUCCAUUUGGGUUUGCACUCUCUAUCUUCCGAGUCUACUUCAACCUCCCCCUCCCAGAGCGCAUCGUCCGCUACACCUACCCGAUGCUGGGCAUCAACCUCGUUAUCCGCGGCAACCCUCCCCCGCCCCCCUCCCCAGGCUCCCCCGGCAACCUCUACGUCUGCAACCACCGCACCGCCCUGGACCCCAUCGUCAUCGCCAUCGCCCUCCGCCGCAAGGUGUCCUGCGUCACCUACAGCGUCAGCCGCCUCUCUCGCUUCCUCUCCCCCAUCCCCGCCGUCGCCCUCACCCGCGACCGCGCCGCCGACGCUGCCCGCAUCUCCUCCAUUCUCCAGAAGGGCGACCUCGUGGUCUGCCCCGAGGGGACCACCUGCCGCGAGCCCUACCUCCUCCGGUUUAGCGCACUGUUCGCGGAACUCAGCGACCGCAUCGUGCCGGUGGCGGUAAACGUGAAGCAGAACAUGUUCCACGGCACCACCGUCCGAGGGGUGAAGUUCUGGGACGCCUAUUUUUACUUCAUGAACCCUCGGCCCACCUAUGAGAUAACGUUUCUGGAGCGGUUGCCGGAGGAGAUGACGUGUAAGGCCGGAGGAAAGUCGGCCAUAGAAGUGGCGAAUCACGUGCAAAAGGUGUUGGGUGGAGUGCUGGGGUUUGAGUGCACUGGACUGACUAGAAAGGAUAAGUACAUGUUGCUGGGAGGAAAUGAUGGCAAGGUGGAAUCCAUGUACAAUGCCAAGAAGUGAAAGGCUUCGGAGAAGAAGGCCACAUUGGAAUUGUAUGGGUUUUAGAAAAAUUACGAGGGAGGUAUAUUCGUUAAUGUAGAAUUACAACUUCUAUGGAAAUUCCCUUAGUAUGAUUGAUAAUUGUUGAUCAUUUUUCAUCUGGAUUAUUCAUAUUAUUUGGACAUUCAAGUUUAGAGUUAUGAAGAGGAGUGUCUUCUGAUUUC